GAGCACAACCAAAGGUUGCAGCAUAUUACUAACUCAAGAGGUGCAUAUUUUUCCGCAGCCUGGUCACCUAUGUAGACCCUGAAGGUGAGGCCCCAUCCCAUGCAAGGCCUGCUCACCUCUGUCAUGCAGGCCCCAUCCCCAGGAGCAGCCAAGCCCAAAGAUAGAAGCCAUUAGCAUUGGCAGCCAGUCUUUGAGAUAGAGAUAGAGAUCAUGAAGGAUAUGCAGCCUACAUAAACCUUAUAGUGCAUUUCCUCAAGCCUACACUCCGGCUAUAAAAAGGGUGCCAAGGUAUCAGCUUGCAAGCCAUACUGGUUCUCUUGAUUUGCCUUUUCCAACCUGCCCAAGUUAAGCUACAUCAAUGAUGACCGGAGCCACUCAUCGUCUCCUCGGUGCAAGUAAUCUCUUUGCUGUUUCUCUGCUGCUCGUGGCCACAACCGUGCAGGCACAUGAUGGAUUUUAUGUCGACGCGGAGGACAUCAACAAAACCAUAACGAGCAAAGACGGUGUGGUGAUUGACUGUGUUUACACACACAAGCAACCGACCCUGAAGCAUCCCCUGUUCAAGGAUCACAAAAUUCAGGUAUAUAAAAACAAUGCGGCGGGAUCUAUCAAACAACGAUCAAGCGGUGACAAUGGUUUGGCGGCGCGUCCCUUGGAGCAAGAAUGGCAUAGGAGUGGGAGCUGUCCUGAAGGAACAAUCCCCAUUCGUCGGAUGCUAGAAACCACAGUUAACCCGAACCUCACUAUCAUACCUGAGCUCUCUGUUUCUAGCCAUGGCAAUAUUGUGAUAGAAGAUGACUCCAACUCUCCCAGAGCUGAGUUCGCUGUGGCAUUUGGUGUCAAUUGGCCAUACCAUGGCGCAUCGGCAUUACUGCAAUCGUGGCGACCGACGAAACUUGAGCGGCAUGAAUCCUCCCUCACCAGCAUCGCCAUCGCUGGAACCGUGGAUAGGAGUUGGGCCAGACAACAUCGCUCUGGUGAUUUCCCACCGGAUGCCACCAAUCAGAUAGCUGCCGGUCUCAUGGCCAGCACAUCUUUUUUCGGAAAUAACAAUCCCAACCUCUUCAUAUAUUACUCGAACGAUGGUGGCAAGAAUCAUAAGUGCUUCAACCUUAUGUGCCCCGGGUUCAUUCAAACGAAUAACAACUUAACAAGAUUGCCCUCGGCACGAGCUUCAUCAGUGGUGGCUCCUCCAUCACAUAUGACGGUGUACCUUAUGUCACCAUGAGCAUACACAGAGUUUCAGGUCAGAGGCCGUGGUGGGUCUCGGUGAAUGACACGGUCAUCGGCUACUUCCCGCACACACUGUUCCCAAUAUUCUUCCCGGAAAGCUUUGGCCCGUUUGAUUUGUAGCGUGCUAGUAAAUAAUGA